AACCACUCUCGUAAAUUUUGACAACCUCACGGAAAUUUGACGACACUUGUCGUUUGGUUGUACUGCGAGAUUUUCCCAGUCUGCAAUUUUCCAUCAACUUGUUCAACUUACAUAACAAUGGCUUCACAUAUCUCGAAGCUCACUCUGCGUAGCGCCAUUCAGACUCGCGGUUUUGCUGCACAAUGCGUACCGAGUAGCGGCAUUCUCAACACUGCCGUGCAGACCUCAACUCUGCCCAACAAACUGAUUGUGGCAAGUGCUGAUAAUAAUUCUGCACUUACCAGGGUGUCAGUUCAAUUCAAGGCUGGCUCAAGGAAUGAGAGUCAUGACAAUGCUGGUGUUACCCACAUGAUAAGAUUGUCUGCUGGUCUUACCACCAAAAAUGCAUCUCAGUUUGCCAUUACCAGAAAUGUGCAGCAGUUGGGAGCUAAUCUUUACUGCUCCACUGACAGGGAGACAAUUUCUUAUACUUUGGAGGGCACCCCUGAUGUUGUUGAGAAACUUCUGCCCUAUUUGGGUGAGGUUGCUACUCAGCAAACUUUCAGACCAUGGGAAAUUGAUGAGAACUUGCAGAGGGCUAGAGUUGAGUUGGCGUCUCGCCCACCACAGCAAAGGGCAAUUGACUUGUUGCACAAAGCUGCCUACAGGAGGGGCUUGGGCAACUCUAUCUUCAUCUCCAAGAGCCAGCUUGGAAAAAUUGAAUCUGAGACUUUGCUGCACUAUGUAGGCAGCAAUUUCUUAGCUGGACGCUGCGCUGUUGUCGGUUUGGGUAUCGAUCAUCAAACUUUGUCCAACUGGGCCGAACAGUUGACUCUUGGCGAUGGUGCAGGUGAAACUGUCAAGAGCCCAUACAAGGGAGGAGAAAUCCGUUCCGACAAAGGUGGUGACUUGGCCUUCGUCGCCGUUGGCACCGAGAGCGCUGGUUUAUCCUCAAAGGAGGCAUUGGCAUUCUGCGUGCUUAAGUAUGCUUUGGGCGCUCCCCCAGCAGUUAAAUACGGUCAGUCCAGCGGUCUGCUUGCCCGUGCAGCUGGCUCCGGUAACUAUGGCAUCACUGCCAUGAAUGUCGCCUACUCUGACAGCGGUCUCUUCGGUAUCCUUGCCGCUGCCGAUUCUGCCAACGCUGGUAAAAUUGUUGAAGCCGCUGUAAAGGUCUUGCGUAACCCCGACAUCAAAGAAAACGAUGUGAAACGUGGCAAAAACGCUAAGAAAAUGGAACUUCUUUCAACUUGCGAGGGCGCCAACGCACUUGAAUUUAUUAGCAACACUGCCUUGUACACUGGCAGCGUUCCUGCUUGUGGAGAUAUUUUGGCUGCUGUCGAUAGCAUCACCUUAGACGAUGUUCAAAAGGCUGCCCAGAAGGUAUGCAAAGGUAAACUUUCCAUCGCCGCUGUAGGUAAUCUACGAAACGUACCCUUCUUAGAUGAACUGCAUUAAGAAAUAAACAAUUAGUCGAACGAAACAGUGAUAUUCAUUUAAUUGCUGUCCCAAACAUUGGUUAACUUCACCACCGGAGUAUAAACUAAACUUAUUUGUAAAUUAAUUUAAAACAAUAAACGUUAAAAUAUA